AUGAGCACUAUUGUUGAAAGCAAAAUGGGGAUACAAGAGGAAAAUGGUAACCAAUGUGACAAUAAUAAUAAUAUUGAUUUAAAUAAAGAAAAUACUAAAAAUAAAGUUAAUAUAAAUGAAAACGACACAAAUAUAAACCCUGACAAUAAUAAUGAUAAUAGUACAAACAAAACCAAUACAAAUAAUGACAACAAUGAUGAUGAAAAGAAAGAAAAAGAAGAAAAUAAAAGCAGCAAUCGAUGGGCUGAUAUGUGUGAAGAUUUUGAUUCGCCAUUAGUUGACACCUAUAAUGAUGAUAAUGCCAUGAAAAAUAAAACGCUGGAUAAUAAUUAUAGCAAUGGUGACGUUAAUAAUCCCAAGCAAAAUUAUUUUAUUCCUUCGAAAAAUGAUAUGAAUAGCUAUUCAAAUAUCUACGAAAUAUACGUCCGAAAUCUUCACAUAGAUAUUACAAAAGAAGAGAUCUAUACUAUGUUCGAAGGAUACCGAAUAAAAAGAAUCAAUAUUUUGAACAAAAAGGGUAAAACUGCAGCAGCUUAUAUCGAAUUUGACAACGCAGAAGAUAUGAACAGGUCAUUGGAAUUAAAUGGAAAAAUGCUUUAUUCAGGAAAUAAUACAUUUGAGCAUGGUACAAUUUCAGUUAUAAUUAACAAGGAUAAAACGAAAGCUUUUAAUUUAAAUCAAAAACAAAAUAAAUUUAAGAAAACAGCAAAUAGAAAUAAUAAUUUUGGUAAUGUAAGGCAAGGUAAUAAUGUUAUGAAUAAUUAUAAUAAUAAUAAUAAUAAUGCAAACAAUAGUGGUAAUAAUAAUAUGAACGGCAAUAAUAUGUUUUCGUUAAAUAACAAUUCAUUUUUUAACGAUAACAAUAAUAAUAUGAGAAUGGGAAUGAAAGGAGGAAAUGAUAAUAUUAAUUCAAGUUUUAAUUACAAUAAUAUGAAACAAAAUUACAUGAAUAAUCAACAAGGAAUGAACAACAACAUGAAUAUGAAUCAGUCAAAUAACAACAUGCAUAAUCAAAAUGAUAACAAAAACUCGAAUUCCAAUUUUUCUUUUAAAAAUAUGAAUUAUCAAAACAAUAAAAAUGCAAAUGCUGAUAACACAACUCCUGAACAAACACCUGCUACAUCCGAACAACGAAAAAAAUUAGUUUUAAAAAAAAGAACAGUACCGUUAGAUCAAAACAGUUAUGUUGCUAAUCCAAACAUUUUCGGAGAAGCUAAACCCGUUAAUACAAACCCCGAUAAAAUUAUAAAUGAAAGCAUUUCAAAGGAAAAAGAUAAUAAUAGUGGGGAAGAAAAUAGUAAUAGCGAACAAAAAUUAGAGAAUCAAGAAGAAGAAGAAGAAUCAGGAAUGAAAAUGAACAAUGAAAAUAGAAAAGGAAUGAUAGGAUCUAAUUCGAAUAAAAAUGUUUUUAAUUAUAAAAAAAAUAACAAUUUAAAUAGAAAUUCAAAUUAUAACAACUUUAACAAAAAUAAUGGAAAUAAUAAUACUGGAAAGAAUAGCAAUGCUUCAAAAAAAAAUGUAUUUACAAUAAAUAAAAAUAAUUCAGGAAAUAACACUGCUAUUAAUAUGAAAAAUAAUAUGAACAAUUUAGAUAAUUCUACAAAUGUUAGUGGAAAUAUGAACGCUAUCGGAUCUGAUGGAAAUAUGAAACGAAUGAAUAUGAACAAAGGGUUUAAAAAUUCAGAUGGAAAUAAUAUUCCGUACAAUAAUAAUGUGCAUGAAAAUAAAGGAUAUAAUUCUAAUGUUGAUGGCGAAGGAAAUGUAAAAUCGGGUUAUAACAAAAGUUCAAACUAUAUGAAUAAUUAUAAUGACAAUAAUAAUAAUAAUGCAUUUUCUACAUUGAGAAAUAAUUUAAAAUCAGAUAAAAAAAAUGAAGAUGUAAUACAUGGAAGCAAAUCAAAAGAUUUAAAUAUUAUUAAAAAGGAUGAUAAAGCAAAUAUAAAAAAUAUAAUUAUGAAAAAUAUUAAGCGUGAAGAUGAAAAUAAUAGAAAUAAUUCAAACUUAAGAAAUAAUUCAACAAUUUCUAAUGGAUAUAAAAAUAAUAAUAAUAGUUCAUAUAAUAAUGAUGAUGGACAAAAUAAUUUGAGAAACUUCAAAAAUUAUAAUAAAUUUGAUUCAGAUAAUGAAACAACAAAUAAAGAUAAUCAUAAUUUAAGAAAGAGUAAUGAAAAUAAUUCUAAAAAAAAUGAUGAAGGUUUUGAAAACAUGAACAGAAAUAUAAAAGGAUCAGGAGAUGGAGAUAACUAUAACAAAAAUUCAAAUGCUUACAAUUAUAAUAUCGAAAAUUUAUAUGAUAGUUCUUUAAAAUAUGUAAAAAAUUCGAAUAAUUCAAGUAAAGCAAAAAAAAUUGCUUCAAUUAAAACGGUUAAAGUUAUUACAACAGAGAAAAAAAAUGAAGAAGAAAAUAACAAACUAUUUGAUUCAAAAGAUAAAAAUAAAGAUGAUGUAAAUAAUGAUGUAGGAAAUGGUGCUAAUUAUGGUAAUAAUAAUGAAUCCAAUUCUAAUAAUAAAUAUUAUGAUCAUGAUAAUAAAAAAAUCGAUAAUAAUUAUGAAGAUUCACAUCGAAGUAAUAAUGACAAUUAUACAUAUGAAAGUGAAAGUUCAGAAAAUGGUAAAGAUAUUACUAGCAAAAAUCUUAAAUCAACUUUGUUACAAAAUAAAACAAAAAAAAAAACAAAAAAAAAAAUCAAUAACAAUGAUAAUGAAGAAAAUAAUAAUAUAGGCGAUGAAAAUAAUGCGCCUAGUAAUAAUGCACAAAGAACUGGAAAAACUCAAAAAAUUGAUAUUUUAAUAAAGCCAAAUUUAAAAAAAGGAGAAAAUAUUUGGGAAGCUCGAACAAAUUUAUUAGGAGAGCAAACAGAAAAUAAUAAUGUCAUAGAAAAUGAUAAACAAUCUUAUUCAAAUUCUAGAAAAAGCCGUUCCCAUUCAAAUAAACUUAGCAGAACAAGUAGCAAACGUAGAGAUUCAAGUGCUAGAAGAAGAGAUCGAUAUAGUAGGAAAUAUGAUAGAAAAGAAAGUAGACGAAAUGAUAAAAAAUCAGACCGAAAAGAUGAGAAAAGACAUAGUCGUAGAGAUCGAAGUAAACGGGAUGAAAGCAGACGAGAUGAAAGCAGACGAGAUGAAAGUAAACGAGAUGAAAGUAAACGAGAUGAAAGUAGAAAAAAUGAAAAAAGAAGAAGUAGCAGAAGUAGCAGAAGUAAUAAUUAUGAAAAAAGAAGAAGUAGUAGAAGUAAUAAUUAUGAAAAAAGAAGAAGUAGCAAAUAUGACUCAAUAGAUAAAAAAACUUAUGAUAGUAAAGAGUAUAAUUCAUCAGAUGAUAGAAAAAAAAAUCGAGAUCCUAAUGAUAAAAUAAGUUAUAAAGAAACAUAUGAUAGAGGGUAUAGAAAUUCAAAUGAUAGAUUAAGCUAUAAAGAGAAUUAUGAAAAGAAUGGAAAAGAUAGCUAUAGAGAUAAUUAUCAUAGAAGUAAUAACUAUAUGGAUUAUGAAAAAAUGGAUAACAAAUAUUUUUCAAAUAAUUAUAAUUCUAUGAGACAUAAAAAUUAUAAUAAUAAUGGGAAUAAUAAGCAUCAUAGUUUCCAUUCAAAAAUGAGUAAUUAUAGUUAUUCAAAUAAUUAUAAAUCAUCAAGUUAUUAUAAUAAUAAACAUCCAUCAAAAAAUAGUUCAUAUUAUAAAAGCCCAAAAGGUCAAUUAAAAACUAAUGAAAAGGAAAAAUCAGAAUAUAAAUCAGAAAUUCAAGUUAUUCCUAAAAAAGCUAUUGUUUCAACUGUUAAGACAAAUAAUGUUUCGAUAAAAAAAAAUCGAUACGAAUGUUUGGAUGAUGGUGAUGAAAGUGAUAAAUAA